AGUCGUGUAGCACUGCAGUAACCUCAUUUUUCUUCUGUUAGGUCUUUGCUUUUUCUAAAUGCGCUGAGCGCUGCAGAGGAUUGCAGUCCUAAUUGCAGUUUCUCGUAUAGCCGAGCUUCAUAACUUUUUCUAUGGAUGCAUUAAUUUACCAUAACCGUUUGACUACAUAGGACCUGUCAUGAGGAGAUAGCGCAGACAAUAGUUGUCCAUUCCCCGAGAUGCUGCAAGUAGCUCUGCCAUGGCCAGCUAUCCAAAACUGCCCCACGAGUACGAAGAAGACGAGCUCCAAGAUGGUCGUCAUCCGCCUUUACCCAGCAAGGAGCAGCGCGUGCUGAAGGGCCAUGAGGGCGCAGUGCUAGCGGUUCGCUUUAAUCCUCAAGGAUCUUACUGCCUUUCAUGCGGCAAGGACCGGACUCUUCGACUGUGGAACCCGCAUAGCGGCGUCCUGGUCAAAACCUACGCGGGGCACGGAUAUGAAGUUCGUGACGCAGCUGUUGCGCGUGACAACAGCAAAUUUGCAUCUUGCGGUGGCGAUAAGCAGGUUUUCCUGUGGGAUGUGGCCUCGGGCAACUUUAUCCGCAAGCUGCGCGGCCACGACAGCACCGUCAACGCCGUUUGCUUUGGCGCGGAGGACAACUUGCUCCUGACCGCCGGCUAUGAUCAGUGCGUCAAGGUGUGGGACAUGAAGUCUCGCAGCAUCGACCCCAUUCAGGUCAUCAAGGGCUUCCAGGACAGCGUCACCUGCGUGGCCGUCUCCGGCACCUCCGUCUUCGCCGGCUCCGUGGACGGCUCCCUCCGCCGCUUCGACGUGCGCGCCGGCCGCGCCACCACCGACCAGCUGCACCACCCCGUCACCGCCCUAGCACUCACCCGCGACGGACUGUGCUGCCUGGCUGCCUGCACCGACUCCGCGCUCAGGUUGGUGGAUGUGGCGGGCGGUCAGCUGCUGGCGACCUACACCGGGCACGUGCAUGAGUCGGUGAAGAUGGACUGCUGCCUGACGCCCAGCGAUGCCUACGUGGUGGGCAGCUCCGAAACCGGCGAGGUGCUUUACUGGGACCUGGUGGAGGCUGAAACCGUGGAGCGAUUCAAGGCACACGGCGGUGUGGUCACCAGCAUGGCAAUGCAUCCUGACGGGGCCCUGCUCUUGACCAGCUCAGUCGAUGGUUGCGUCAAAGUUUGGGGUAAAUGAUAAGUUGUUUUCACUGUUUGACCUGUCAAACUGUCAGGCUAGCGGAUAUUGUGUUGCAGUAGAUCCCGUGCAUUUUGCUGUACGCUAGAAUUGAAGUCGGCGAAAUCUAAGGCCGGUUACCAGUUAUAUAGCUAGGUCAUUACAGGUCGACGUUUAGGACAGAACCUAUACACUAGUUAAUGUUAAUGGUGCCGAACCAAGACUUUGUGACGAAGCGUUCGGUUGCUUGGAUUUUUCAAAUAUCCCCGGUUUUUGCUUCGCUGGUUCGGUAAACUUUCAUAUGCCCUGGCAUGCUUUUGCCAUGUCAUCGCGGUUACGCAGAGCGGAACUUUAAAUUAUACUCGGCAGGGGUAUAUGCGCGAACGUGAAAGUGACAGUGGCUUCUGCUCCAACGGCGCACAUUAUAGAUAUUAUAUUGGCGCACUUCUUAAGCUGGUGCCAUGCUUCAUAGCGGUAUGGCGUUACCGCAAUCCACUCAUAAUUGACAGCGGAAGGGUUCAAAAGGCUGACAUGCGGGAGCGUCAUGGAAGGGAAGCGCGAAAUACUUCGCCAAAGUCCAACACAUGAGUCUUCUAGCUACUAUGAAGCCGCAUCGUAUGCGACACAUGUUCAACGAGGUCGACGCGCAUUAACCAACGACUCCCCGGGACCUGGCGCUUCUACUUCCCCCCGACGUCGUCCUUCAACCAUGGCCUUCACAAGCCCCUCGACCGCGACCAGCCUUCUAGAGCGCUUCGGUAUCGCCCAUUUGACGCGAAGUCCCGGUGCUACUGGAUCCACGCCUUCAGCGUUGGCAGGAUCACCACAUAGCAAGUCUCGCAUGCCGGCUUCCCCCCGUUCUGGAGCAGAGGCGCCUGAACCUCCAGGAGGCCCAAACAGCCCGAGCAGCAAGCAGCAAGCCGCCCCCUACGUGCGACUCAUGCACAACCCCCUCUUCGCCGAGCCCGCGUCCUCUCACCCCGCCGCUCAGCCCCGCCGCUCUCCAGCCGGUACCCCCACCACCGCUGCCGCCGCCGUUACCACCGGCCAUGCUGCAUGGAGGUCAGGGGGCGUCAAAGGGCCCUACGCAGCUCCCCCUCCCGCGGCCUCCGCCCCAGCCGUCUCCCCAAGGGCUGCGGCGGCAGUAGGCAGCUAUGCCACCCGGGCAGCUGCCGCUAGGGCUCGAGCAAUGAGCCGAGUGACGGCGACGGCGGUAGCUGCUACUUCCGGGGUGACGGCAGGUGUGACGGGCAGCAGCAGCGCGGGCGAGGCUGAUGUCGAGGGGCAGCCGCCGUCCGCAAGCCCGGUGACGUCACCAUCUGGGUCACCGUCAUCUCUGGUUGAGAAUGCUGACGUGGAUGCUGAAGGAGGUGACGUCAGCUGCCGGAACGGUGGCGAUUACGCUGCUGGUGACGAGGGAGGUACCGCCGCCUCGCCCUUCCCGACGGCAAGAGCGCCCAUGACGAUUUCAGCUCCGGCAGCUGCUGGUGGUGUGGUUGCAACGGGAAUACCUGCCGGGGUGGUACGGCCUCGAGGCGCCGUCAACCCCGUCGUCACCGGAAUCAAGCCAGCGGUCGUCACCAAGAUCCCAACCGCCUCGGCCGCUGGUGCUGCUGCCGUCUCGCCGCGAGCUGGCGCCCCGCGAUCACCUUCAUCCCCAACCUCGAGAAGCCCUCUGAGGCAGCAACAACAGCCACACCAACAGUCACACCAACAGUCACACCACCCACAGCAGCAGCCUGGCGGCAGCCCAGCUGGAGGGGCAAAUCGUACCUUGUCGUACACAGACUGGGUCGAGGCACGGCAACGGCAGCAACAGCAGCAGCAGCCGUUAAACCAACGACCGCCCUGGCGCAAACCCAACGACAAGAAACCACCCUCUGCUGCCCCUGUCCCGGCCCCCGCAUCGACCGCACCUACCGCCCAAGCCCCUGCAAGUACGACCAACACCGCCGCCGCCGCCACUCCCAUUCCGGCUCCCAUGCCGCGCAGGCGACAGCAGUCGCAGUACAUAAGGUUAGACUCCGGAAGCGGCGGUGGCGGUGGAGCCCCCCGCAGCGGGGAGCUGUUCCCGCAUACGCCGCCGGCCCACAAGCCUGCCACCGCUCGAGCCAGCGCCGGUUCAGGAUCCGCACUGGGAGGAGGCGGAGGAGGAGGGCCGGCUGCAGGGUCCGGUAGCUACGGGAUUGGAGGGAUGAGGGGCAGCUUAAGGUCUGGUUCCGGCCACUCAGAAACUGGCGGGUGCAUGGGUAACGGGAUAUUGGUGACUAGGCUGGGAGGGCCCCUGCGGGAGUCCUCCUCCUCGACUUUUGGCGCUGGCGGCGCCGGCAGCGGCAGCAACCUCGGGAGCAGCGCUGAUCGAAGCAGUGGUGAGACGCUGGGUAUAGGGCCCAUGCCUAGCCUGCCAAGUAUCACCACUCUGGCGACUGAGGGGCUGUAUGCCGCCGUUGUGGGUCCGCGACCGGAGGCGAGGUCGCGGCUUGGAAACCCCACGGCGACGGCGGUGGCGACUGGCUUCUGCGAUGACGAUGGGUUUGAUGUGGAGGACGAUGGCGGCGAUCGUCGUGGUGAUUGCGGCGGCGUGGAGGGAAGGCAAGGUGGUGAGGGAUUCACGCCGUCGGCAGCGGCAGGAGCGGCGGCGGCUCCAGCUGCGCUUAAUGGUGGUGGUUGUUUUCUGUGGCCCAGCACCGGAACCGCGGCGGCGGCGUCCGCUUCGAGUGGCGAUUACUUCGAGAUGUAUGGUUUCGGUCGUCGCGGCGGUGCCUUCAGCGCGCUACAGCAAGGUGAAGAAGGAGGUGAAGAGCGAAAGAAAUACACGGCGAAGCAUGAGGAAUUGGACGCUGAAGAAGGAGGCGAAGAUGAAGAAUUUGAAGAAGCCGACCGCUUUUCCGUCCUGUACGAUGACCUGGUGCGCCAAGACAGCUUGACGCGCCGCGCUAGUUUUGCUUCCAACAACAGCAGCAUGCCACCACAGUCCGCGCGCGCCACUGCCACCGGCGUAAUUCCGGACAACAAUCCCACCGUACGCCGACGGAGCAUGGGAUCUCGUCCCACCAAGCCGCCAGCGACGCUGAUGCGGAGCGCCUCUGCUCGCAGCCCUGCCACUGCUGCUGCUACCGCUACCGCGGCUUUUUGCCAUGCGGGUUUGGAGCACGAGGCCUCGCAGUACCAGCAGCAGCGCGCUGGGAACUGCGCAGACCGCGGUGUCGCUGCUGCUGGUACUGCUACUGCCGGAGGAGUUGCCCGGGGCGUAGCUGUUAGAGUGUGCGAGCAUUGCAGGACCGUGGGUGGUGCGGGUGCGGGUAUGGCAGCAACAACGGUGUCACAACAGGGUCGCGGGGUGGCUAGUCCGCCCAGGCUGCUGCGCACCGCUAGUCCGCGGGUUAUGGGUCGAGGUUACGGCCGGUCAGCGAGGAUGGCAACGAUGGCUGCGUCGGAGGACGGCUUGGAUAGCGACGAACAGGAGCAGCUCGCUGUAGCUGCUGCUGCCGACGCAGGAGCUGUCCAUGCAACUCCCUCCUCGCCUCCGCUGCAUUCCCGCGACGCCUCAGCAAGGGGGGAGGACAACGUGGGCUGCCUGGUGGACGGAGUGUGUGUGCUGUGUCACGAGAGCAUUCCUGCGGAAGCGCGAGCCUCCAUCCGGGCCGCUAAGAGCUUCUCGCCGGGCUGCACACACGGCUCCGAGAUGUCUCCCGUGCCAGCUGCUGCUGCCGCUGCCGCAGCGGCCGCUCUCUUGGCAGCGGACAGCUCCCAUGCUGUUGACUAUGACGAGGGAGCUGGUGAUCAACAACCCAACGCAACGGCCUCUCGGCGACCACGUUUGAAAGCGCUUCGCAGCUUCCGAUUGCCACUUGCAUCGGACUGGCUGCCGGAUGAGGGAACCAGCCCACUCGCCUCCGUCGCCGCCGAUUCCGCUUCUAUUUCCGCCGUCGUUGUUGCGGGCACCACCGCCGGCAGCACCAGCACAGCGGGUGCCUUGGCUGAGCUGCAGACAGGGCUGUCCGCUGCUGCUACCGGCGCAGCCUCAAUUCUGGCAGCGGCGGUGGGCGAGCGAGAGCAGCAACAAGAGCAGCAGCCAGAAUGGCACGGCCGUGCUGACAAUUACAAGAGGUCCAGGUUUAAUUGUUCGGUUCAGAGCCCUUCCCUGCUGCCAUCGCAAUCAUGGCGGCAGCAGCAGCAACCGCACGAGCAGCAGCAAUCCCUAAACCGCCAAGCAACGCUGCCGCUAACCCAAAGCAAUGCCACAACCCCGCCUCCGCGCCCUUCUCCUCCUGCCGUCCACAGCUCCCAAACCGGAGCAAGCAUGCAUCCCAUGCUGCUGCAAACGCCGUCAACCCCAGCAGCAGCCACAACACCUCCGUCCUCCUCCUCGUCCCCAUGCACCGAGCAAUCCCCGCCCGUCGCCUGGGGCAGCGCCGACGUAACCCCCAUUCAGGGCGCGCCUCCCCCUUCUCUCAGCGCCGCUGCCAGCCCCAUCUCCCCGCCCUCGCCCUGUCCCGCACCCUCUUCAGCCCGCCUGCACAGCCGUCGCCACCCCGUGACGCGACAGAGCCGCUCCGCACCGCCCACGGCAGGAGCCGGCGCCGGCGCCGCUGUCCCCUCAACUGCUACCUCCUCCGCCUCACCUUUAGGCCCGUUCGGAGCAUCCAACCGCGAUUCCCUUCAACCCCCGACCACCAACGCUGCUGCUACUGCGGCUGCUGUCGGAGCUGCAGCCCAUGCGAGGCGCGGCUCUCCCUCACUCGCCUCCGCUGCGGGUGCUGCGAGUGGGUCGCUGCGUGCCUCUGUGCUGUUGGGUCUGGCUGGCGGUGCGCUGCAUGCGGCUGAGGGUGCGGCCGCCACUCCGCCGGGAGCUGCUGCUGGUGGUGGCGUUGCGAUUACCCCGAGUGGGGAGACCCCUGCGGGUAUGAGGGGCAGCCUGGGCUCGGUGUCGAGCUUCAGUGCGUUGUCGGGGCCGCAGUCGGGCGUCCUGUAUCGCUACCCCUCUCAUGGCUACCUGGAGUCAAUCACAGCUGAGGCAGGCGGUCGCUGGGACGCCGCCGCAGCAGCCACACUGUAUGACACGUACUUGUACGACAGCGAGCAAGCACAGCUUCAAGGACUCGCCUCCGUCGAGGAGUACGCCGAGCUGUACGAAGAUCCGUCGUACUCGUUGUCUUCUGUGUCGUACACGGCGGCUGCGCUUGCGGCCUCUUCUGCUGAUGGCAGCGUGCCUGCCGAUGAUUCAUAUGACGCUGCGUUGCCUUCUGAGGCAACCGCAGCACCCGCGGUGGCCCCCGCAACGACAAGAGAGAGGAUCGCCUCUCUUGCUUCGUCAUCUUGGCAGCGAAUGUCGGCGACACCCACACGCAAUGCGUCAUCCGUACGUGCUCCCGGCUCGCCUCGGCCGCCUCCCUCGCACACUACCUUGCAUUCGCCUUACGCCCACCUUGCUGGAGGUCCCGGCCCGCUGCAUGCUGCUUCCAGGUUCCAAUCCGCUGUCCAGAAGCUGUCGCACCCGGAUCAGGUGCACUCUGCACGGGACCCUCGCGUGGCCGCCGCCUCACCACCGCCGCCACCUCCCAGUCACAGAUCGCUGUCAGUGCCUUCAGCUUCGUACACACGGCCGCCGUCAGUCGCCGCCGCCGCCGCCACCGCUGUCGCCGUCGUCGAUAAUCCAGGAAAGCGCCCGCAUCCGUUGUCAACGCACAUGCAGUACGGGGCACCGGUGCCGUACCACUUGCCGUACAGUAGCAUUAGUGAGGAAGCUGAAGAGAUGCCGUACCCCUCGGUAUCAGUCGCCGCCGCCGCUGCAACAGCAGCAGCAGCACCGCUUCUAUCGCCCGCAAGCUCUCCAACAGAUAGCGCCCGAAGCCCGGGUCUGUCGCCGUUUACAGAUCGUCAGUGGCUACAUGCCGUACAGUCGUACAUGCCGUACUCUGCGCGCUCUUACGAUGCAAGGAUGGCGACGGCGGUUGAAGAGCGGUCGGCACUCGCUGGCGCCGCUGAUGUGAACCCGUUGGUUCCUGCAUCCCGGCACCACCCCGCGGCUGCAGCGCCGCAGCUGCCCCCGCAGCCGUCCGUCUUUGAGUGGUCGCAUGCUGCCGCCUCCACCGCCGCCGGCCUGACGGAGCCGGCAGGAAGUUGGAUGGUCCCCCAGCCACCAACAGCGCCAUGCCCACAACUUCCCCGUACGGUGGAAGCUGACGACAUUGACGCCAUGCUUCAGCCGCUGUCAGCUGCGGUGGCAGCAGCAUACAGGGCUUCCGAAGGGACCAGCCACAGCGUACUGCCGACCGCCCGCCCGCCACCGCCUUCGCCAGCAGCAGCAGCACCGCUGCAGGCACAGCCUCAACCGCCGGGACCGGCUGCAUGGCAGCAAAACCAGGAGCCCUUCCUCCCGCCACCACCCUCCUUCUCCCUCCUGUCGCCCCCGUCCUCCGGCGGUGCGCCUUCCGCCUCACAUCUGCCCCACCACCAACACCCAACCCAUGCCCAAGGCCGCCUUCCUACCAACUUACACGACCAAGCGCAACAGCAUCCCCACCACCGGCAGCGUGUUACUUCUCAAUACCGCCUCGCCGCUCCCUACCCGCCGCCUAGCCUAGAAGCCAUUCAGCGACUGCUUGAGGCUGACCUGCCCACCCCGGCCAUCGCAGCAGCAGUGGCCGUGCUGGCAGGCAGCCUGCCGCAGACCUGGCUUCAGCAGCCCAUGCCCGUAUCUCCGCAGACUGCCGCAGGUCACACUCCUGCAUCCGCUGCUCCUGAUGAUGGCCCGUCGCAGGCUGUGGCCCGGCAGCAGAGCGGCGAGCAGCUGCCAACGACCCAUGGCAGCAGCAGCGGUGGUGGUAGUCGGGGUGGUGGUAGUGAUGGCGGCAGCGGCAGAGAGGACGUUGACGUUCCGUACAAGGCGGCAGCAACAGCUGGAGCCAUUGGAAACGAGGGAGAUUCCGCACUGCAGCAACCAGCAGCCGGAGCCACCGGAGCUGCUGCGGUGCAGGAGCAAGCAGCCAGACUUGCGCCCGCGGCGGCUUCUGGCGUUGAAGCGCACUCGCCGCCGCCAUCGUCUCUGUCGCACAACGAUGCAGCCGGUGGCGACACAGCAGCCUCUGCUGCUGCAACCCUAGCCACCGCUAGCACUUCAGCCGCAGCAACCCUUCGCCAAUCCAUCACGCCUGCACCCACGCUGCCUCCUGCAUCUGCAGCCGUAACCGCAGCACGGUCGCUUGCCACGUCCACCGCAGCACCUGCCUCCUCUCCCGACGAUGCAUGCGGCAGCGUAUGCGAUGCGCGCGCGGCGGGCCCGGUGGGGUCCGCUGCCGGCCCAGCAGCUCAUGCGGCCCGCCGCAGCACUCAUGGGCGGGGAUCGCCCGGGCUCUGCCGCUCGCAAGCCGCCCUGUUGGCGCUUGCUGGGGAGUUUGGCAUGCCGCCGAAGCCCCUGCAGGAGGAGGAGGCGGGGCAGGUACAGGAGGGACUCGCAUGGAUGGAGAGGCUGGAGCCCCUGGGUGGUGGGAGCUGCUUGGAUGGGCGGGGUGAAGGCGAGGUGUUUGGGGUCCAGGUCGUGCAGACGCCCAGAUCAGGUUGGUCGCAGCGCAGCGAGGGACCCCUGGGUCGUGCCGUACGGCUGAUCGCGCAGAGCUUGCUGGUGGUGCUGGCAGGAGCCGCGGGCGCCACAGCGGCCGCCAGCACUCUGAACGCCGUUUGGGCUCGGCCUGAAGACCUGCCGGGCGAUGAGAACAGCAGCAGCAUCUUCUAUCCAAGAUACCCUAAGAACUAUCGGCCUAAGCGGUCAGCCCUUACCACCCGCUAGGCCCCUGCGUGCGUGAGCGGCGGAUCUGGCAG